AUGAAUAGUUCAGAGGAGUCUGUGUUAUUGCUAGUGAGUUUUAUUAUUCUGACUCUUAUCGUCACACUUGCUGCUUACUUGUGCUCUACUGAUAUUCCACGUACCACUCCUUCUGUUCCUGCAGCUGUGACACACUCCAACCACACCACAAUCACUGUGGAGACACCUGAGCCAUGCAUAGAUCAGAGUGUCUGCAACUUUCCAAGUCUCCAAUUUUCCAAAACCAAAUUGUGUGGUAGCACUAGCAGUAGCUCUUCAAGCUGUUCCAUAUGCUUGAUGGAUUACAAAGACCGUGAUUCCUUGAGAGUGUUGCCUGCCUGUGGUCACUUCUUCCAUGUCAAGUGUGUUGAUCCUUGGUUGAGAAUCAAUAUGACCUGUCCAGUUUGUAGGACCCCAAUAACCCUCUCAGAUGUAACCAAAACUUUUUAG